AUGGUCUUCACCAGGAAAAGGCAGGGCGCGUUGGCGCUGCUGCAGGCUGUUGCAAUGUUCGCAAUCUCGGGCGUGGCCGCCAGAAGCUCCCGAUGCCGUCCGGCUUGCUCCCCCGACGAUCCCGUCGUCGCCCUCCUCGGCUCCAACGACGGCUCGCUCUCCUUCUGCAGCGAGUUCCUCGCCCUCCCGGUGUCCACAGUUGGCGCCACUGUGACGCCUACCGUUGUGACGACGGUCACCGAGACGAGCUAUGUGACCGAGGCCGUCACCGAGACCGACGCCACGACCACCGUCACUGUUCCGGCCCCGACUGUCCCAGUCGCGACCAUUAGUCCCGUCAAGCGUGGACAGGCUGCCCGGCAGUCCGUCGCCUAUCCGACCUGGCUGCCCACCACCUAUCUCGAGCGGCGCGUGUCGUCGGCCUGCGCCUGCCUCAGCGUGCCCCAGUCGGUGACCACAAGCACCGCGACCGCCGACGCGGCAGCGACACAGACCGAGGCCGCGACCGUGACGGAGACGACGACGACGACGCUGCACGCGACAGCCACGGCUACCGCCACGGCGGCGCCCCUCGCCGUCAAGCGCAGCGCCAAGAUCGAGAUCCUGCGCAAGUCCACGCUGGACAACGUAGGGUGGCUGUACUACAGCUCGGGGCCCGCGAUCGGCACCGCGGCGCAGGCCGCCACCGUCAGCUUCACGCUCGACGCCGACGCGACGGCCGGCUCGCAGGUCCGCAUCACCAUGGACGACUUUGCGCCCUUGGCGCUGGGUUUCGUCAAGGACAGCAACGCGGCUAAUGUCAUCGAGCUCGAGAACGGCUAUGGUUCCGUCGCGAUCAUCGAGCCCACUCCGCCCGGAUCUGCCCCCGCCUACGUGACCCCGGCCAGCAAACGCGAGUCCGAUAUUUGGACCGUUGACACUGUAACCAAAAUGAUCGGCUGGAACUGGAUCACCACGAGCGGAGCCCCCGCCACCAUCCAUCUUUACCGUGUCGGUGGCCGUCUCUACCCCGUCGGAAAUGUUGCCGCGUUCAAUUCAGCCACGGGCGGCGCGAGCUCGUCCAAUUACGAGGUUUUGCUGCGCUUCAGCUUGGUGUAA